AUGAGCUCGGGCGAUGUAAUCAUUAUUCAGCCUCGACAACCUGGUGCUCUUGGUACAUUUGCGGGAACAGCAGCUGGUGUCGCUGCGGGUACAGUUAUUGGUGACAAAAUAACAGGAAGAAGCGAGUCUAGUUCAGUACCUAACGAUGGUGAAGUACCAGUUGGGCCUUGCCAGUACGAAGAGCAGCAGCUUUUAGGAUGUGCUCAAAAUGAGACCGAAUUACUCAUUUGUGAAUCUCUCAGACGAGCAUGGAUUAAUUGCAAACAGAAAUACAGUAUGUUAUAUUUAUGGAUUGAAUUUUAUCUUCAAAUCAGUAAGGGUAGCUGGAUCCAUUUUAUAGUCUGGCAGUAA